CGGUUGAGAAAGGAGGUACGGUUUGACGAGAGCGCUUGAGCCUUGGAGGAGGAGAAUAGCGCCUACUCCUAGCCCCCGUCAUACCCCUACACAGGGUACUAGGCCUACUACUAGUACUAGGCCUAGUUACAGGCCUAACAACUACGACUACGAGAAUAAUAUUAAUUGAAAAAGAUGCCUCACAAGCUAGCUUUUCAUGUGCUACACACAUCCAGCAUUGAGACAGGGUUCAGUCUGAAAGAAUUGGAAGUGCACAGCCCACUGGUGAAGGGCUGGCAAUCAAGCCGCUUCUGCACCUACCCCCAAGAAAUCAUCCUACGCUUACCAAACAAGGUUCAGGUUGUUAAGCUUCAAAUACUAGCUCAUCAGUUUUUAAUACCAACUAAAAUUGAGUUUUAUGUAGGAGAUAUCCCAACUCAUCGCCUCGAGUCUUUACAUGGAGCAAGGUAUAAGCGUUUAGGAUAUGUGACCAUGUCGGACAAUGAGAAGACAGGGUUCAAAGCCCGAGAGUUGAAAUCCGUGCACGUGAAUGCGAUUGGUCAGUACCUGAAGAUCGUCAUUCACAAAAACUUUGUCAACAAAUACAAUCUAUACAAUCAGGUUGGAAUUGUUGCAGUUAAUGUGAUUGGGGAGGAGUUAGGAGAAGAUGGUCGUCCCAAGAAUUCAGAUGCUCAGUUAAUGGGCGGUAAAGAAGAUGGUGAUGGUGUCGACCCCUUGGUGCUUGGGGCAUUCACCAGACCUGAUUACAUUUCCCCAUUAGAUGACCUUGCCUUUGACAUGUAUCAGGACCAAGAGGUCGCCCAGAUAAUAAGAAAACUUGACAUCCGCAAGAAUGAGGCUGUGAUACAAGAGAAAUACGACAUUGCUAAACGACUUAAGCAAGCUAUAGCAGAUUUACAGAAGGUUGGGGAACGACUUGGUCGGUUUGAGGUCGAGAAACGCCGUGCAAUAGAAACUGAGGAUUAUGACUUGGCCAAGAUAAAGAAAGCUGCGAUGGAGGAUUAUCGAUUGGAAAUCUAUAAACAACUCGCUGUCCAUGACUUAUUGGAGUUCUCAAAGCAAUUAAUAUGGCCUCCAAGAUAUCCUGGUUCACAGACAUUGGACCCGAUUCCUAUAGGCCAAGCUUCUGAUACCGAGAAGGGAGAUUUAUCAAGAAAACCACCAGUUGCCAAAGUAAUGGCAUCAACAUCUCAGCCAAAGAACAAUCUAAAUGAGGAACGUCCACUCAGGGGUGUCAAAAAACAACCACAACAUGAUGUCAAUCAGGAAAAUCAUCAGGACGAAGACCAACCAUCUGGAAAUGAUCGACUGUCAGAUAAGAAUGCCAGAGAAGCUGCACCAGCUAUUGAUGCCUUUGGACUAGAUUUAGUCACAAAACUUUACUCAAAGACCUGGUCUUAUCGAGAAGAAGCAUUGCUGAUGGUGAAGAGUAAACUAGAGGAUGUUGAAGAGGGAACGGACAAGGAGGAGCUCAGGCCCCUCUUGAGGGCGGCUACAUUUGUGGUAUCCAAAGGUCUGAGGGACAAAGUAUUUGGAAUAUUCAACACUGCAACUGGUGUUUUACACUACAUCCUGGAUGUCUGGGUUGUAAGGCAUAAAUUAGGAAAGGUUGACACAGCUACUGUUGUUGACAAGUCGUUACCAGAGCUGUUAAAUAGAACAGCCGACACAAAUGCAAGACUAAAAAACUUCAGCCAGGACUUUAUACUUGAGAUGGCAGGUUACAAGGAAGUACGCAUCCUUCACAAUGUCCCUCAACAUUGCUUGGUUCCAUUCAAGACAUCAAUUCAGGCCAGAAGUGCCGUAACCAGAGUUGACAUCGUUCAGCGACUCUUAGCACUUCUAGGGAUUGAAAAGAAUAGUGGGAUGUCUGUAGAUAAUGUGAUGACAUUUGCGCUAAGAGCUCUUGAACAUACAGCUGGUGAAGUCCGUGAAGCUGCCAUCAAAUUGAUCACAGACCUCUACCAGAUGAAAGGAGCAGAGAUCAAAGAGCUCCUGCCAUCAGAAGAUGAUCCAACAAUUAUUAAGAACCCACUCUAUGCUAAACUCUUUGAUGCCCUUGACAAGAUCGAUGGCAAGCCAACCCGUAGUGAAAGAAAGGCCGAGGCUAAGAAGGAAAGAGAAGAACAGGCUAGGAAGAAGCAAGCAGAGAUUGAUGCUUUACAGCAACAACUAGCUGACCUGAGAGCAGUUGCAAAGGCCCAGGGCAGUAAAAAACAACCAGAGAAGCAUCCCCCAACAGAUGAUGAGGAGGAUGAUGAUCAACCAAACGAUAAUCAUCUCACCAAGAGAACCAAAGCAGCAAGUGUUGCAGAUGGGUCCGAGUUUGGCGACCCAGAUAAACAGUGUGUAUUCUGCCUGGAGAGAAAUGAAGAUUUCGAUAAGGAAGGCUUGGACUUGCACUACUGGAAGUACUGCCCUAUGUUGAAACGAUGUCAGCAUUGUAAACAGGUGGUGGAGGUGUCUGUACUUGUUGAUCACUUGUUAACUGAAUGCGAUAGUCGAACAGAAUUUGCCAAAUGUCCACGAUGUAAAGAGGCUCACAAGAAAGAUGAGAUAGACAAACAUGUUACUGAAAAGCUCUGCACAUUGGCUAAAUCUAACAUGGCACGCUGCCCUCUAUGUCACAAAAACAUUGCACAGGGUGAGGAGAGUUGGCGAAAUCAUUUGAUGAAGAAAGGGAAUUGUAUAGCUAAUCAUCGUAAUGUUGCACCCAAGCAAGAAAAUGGCAAAGCUGGAAAUAGGAAGCCUGCACCAAAACAAAACAAGACAAAAGCAGGAAAGAAAGCACCACAAGCAAAAGCUCGAACUCCAAGGGGAAAGUGAGGUGGCACCUCUACAGUGGUGUACAAUAUUGUGGAACUAUCAGGAGCACAUUUGUGCCCUUGAAGGAACAUACGUGUGCUCUUGUUAUAUUUAUUAGGUCAAAACAUACAGGUAGAAGGAAUAGGUUUCCUACAUGCACCUAAACAUCUUUUAAAAGAGGAAUAUUUUAAAUGUGUCUUUGAUCAUAAUAUAUAAUAGCAAUUAUGUAUAUCUUAAAAGUAGAUAUUUGUACAUGUACUUAAAAAAGGGACCAACUUAUUCCCUUUAAAAAAAAAAAUCAGUUUUGAGCAUAUUCUACUUUUAACUAUGUAUUGUAUGUAUCUAUGCCUUUGUAACAUUGAAUUUAUCUCUACCUCUUUUGAAUUGGGUAUAUUUUUACCUAAUGGCUAUUAGAGACAUACUUGCUUUAUGGCUUUCAAUAUUGCAUACGUUUUGGAAUAGAAUUUUUAUUUAUAGUAUAUUUUAUUUAUAGCCUAUUUGUACCAAUAUGCUACUUUAAAAGGGCAUAUUUGUUUUAAAAAAGCCAAAUUAAUGCAUAUUACGCCCCUUGAAAGAGACAAUAAUAUUUGUGAAAUACUCCUUAAAAAGCCCUUAUUUGUACCUACUCCCCCCAAAAAAGUUACAUUUAUUUUUAACAUCUCAUUAAAUUUUUAGAAUGCAUCAAAAUUUGUACUUAUAUAAUGUAUACAUUUUUUUACAUAUGUAAUAUUGGUAGUACAGUACUCUAUCAAAUAAACCGUCCUAAAAUACUCUUCAAAUAUAUUUCAUUGUUUUCAUAAAACAUUUCUUAUCUUUUUUAAGUUGUAAAUUUUGUCUAAUACUGUACAGUAGGUAAAAAAAAUAAUACUUUAUAGUCAUAAAAUCAAAUACAAGAGCUAAAAUGAAAUUGCAGUGAAUAUAUAAUUCAUAGGAGAGAACACACUUAUUAAUAUCAUCCUGUAAAUGCAAUAGAACUUGCAGCAGUGGUUCAUCCAAGAAAGUGAACAAAAUUGUGAAUGAUAAUUUUAGAUGUACAGGUGUUGUUUAAAAAUAUACUGAAACUUCUUUAAUUGUUAAACUAAUUACUCCAUACCGUAAAACCUUGAAUUGAAGCUCAAUGGGCUUAAUCUCGAGAAGAAGCCCAUCUCGAAUUGAACCCACCCUCUUUAGUUUGCAAAAUUAGACUCAAAAAGAAGCAAGCCAUCUCGAAAAGAAACCCCUUUCAAGAUAGCAUACACUUCUGUUCGAAAUAGUACAAUAACUGUACAUGAAUUUCAAAAAACAAAAUAAAUUAAAAACAAGCUUGGUUUAUACAGUAGUUUAGGUGAUUUAAUGCCAGUUAAUACACUCCGUGAUACAGAUUGAUCUUACAGUGGCCUUAUUUAAUGUUUUAUAGUACAAAUUCCCAAAAUUUACAGCAUUCAUUUUGAAAAGAAGCCCCCUCUUUACUUUGUAGCCUCGAAAAGAAGCCAAUCCUUAAUUCGAGGUUUACGGUAUGGUAACUAGCAAAUAUAGCCUGGCCCCUCAGCAGUGGCAUAUAUAGGAAUAUUUACACAGUGUGCAAGGGUUAAGUCAGAGAGUGUGAAGGUUAAGUGAUGUAGCUGGGGAAAUGAGGUGAUUGUGAACUUGACUGUUGUGAGGGAAAGAAACUUUUACCAGGAAGAGAUAUGCUACUGCACCUGGGAACUAAAGCGGGCACACUGAAGUGCUAAACCAAUGUACAGUUGGUGUGAAUGAAGCACUAAUAUAAUAAUAAUAUUUAUUCGGAAAUCGCUUUUGAAACAGCGGCACCCAUCAUUUUGAUUGUGUAUCCAAACACAAAUAUAAACAACAUCAAAAGGCAUAGGCCUAGACGUAGUACAAUGUAAAGAAAAGGAACCAUGUACUGUAUUCUUUAAUAUGCACAUGGACUAGGUAUAGCAUACAGGACUAACAUCUUAAACAUCAGUUCAGAAUAGUUACAACUAGACCAACAGCUGUACAUUUUGUUGUCUUUAUAUUGCUGUUUAUAUUAUCUCAAUGUAUGUAAUGACCUCUUAUAUCAUACAAGAAAUAAUGUUACUGUUUCGUUGCAUAGGAAAAAAUAUUUUAAUUUAAUUGUCUGUAGCUUAAGUGUAUUUAUCCGUCCAUUCUCUCAGAGAUAGUCAUAUUUUUACGUACAGUACAUGCAUUCCAAGUUGACAAAAGUUCUACUAAUAAAAAGUAUGGUAGUUAUUUAAAUGUAGAUCAGGGAACAGUAAUUUCACUGUUCCCUGAUGCAGAUACAAUUAUUUCAUCUGGGUAUCUGGUCAGAUAUCAUUAGCUGUUGAGUGUAGUUGUCACUGCAGCCACUGCAUGAUUGUAAAAUGCAGCUAGCUAUCUGACAUCAUUAUCCUAGCAGGACACUUGUGGACUGGGGUCCUGUCUGCUGAGUUGUAAGAGUCGCCGUAAACAGCUGAUGAUAUCAGGCUUUCAUUCAGAAGUUACAUCCUUAAAAUGUUACAAAAACUGCUUUAGUUGAAAAAAAUAACCUUUUCCUAAGUUCUGUCAAAUAUUAUGUGACUCAAUAUUUUGUGAUUUGCCCAUAUAUGGGAAUGACAUCUUCAUGCUCAUAUAUAAGCAAUUCAUAAUUGAUAAUGUGACUUAGAGUUACUGUACUUAAUGUUACAUGGCCAGUCUUGAGUUAAAAAACUAAAAAUAAAAUUCAAUACAGGUUGAUUUGUCUGUUUUUCGAUUGUAUUGUAAGUUUCUAGAAAAUAUUUUUUUUGUUAACAAGCAUAAAUAAAAAUGCUCCUAUAUCUUCAUGUAGAAUAAUCCUUGCUGUACUGGUGAACUUUGCAGAAUGUCAACCAACUGACAAUUUAAAUGAGGGCGUGCCAUUUAAUAGGAAGGCCGAAUAAACGCGCAUGUCCCACGUUCUGUGACAGUGCUUAGCAAAAUUGUCAGUUGUACUUUUGUUGCUGAAUCAAUUCAAAAUUUUAUUUUUUAAUCAUCAAUAUUAUAAUGCACACACAAUGUUAGGACUUCUGUAAUGUUUAAAAAUAAUGAAUUGAAUACAUAUGAUCAAAUAAUUUAAAAAUUUACAUUCUUUGAAUAUGAUUGAAAAUUUGAUGAUCACCUCGGUAACAAAUUUCAUGGUACUGUAUUAUAAACUAUAACUACACGUAAUAUAAUUAUUUUAAAUAAUCAAACCAAAUGAAUGAUAAGUACAACCCUAGUGAUUAUAGAUAAUAAAAUACUUGUGUUUGAUUAAAUUGAACAUUUAGAAGAUGGGAGAGUAAAAAAGAACAGUUUUUGAAAA